AUGAAUGCUCAACCUGAUUAUGAUGAACCUUCAACCUUCAGGAUUAGUACCAUGGAGCGCGCGCCACCACUUCUCUUCGUCCUCCUCUGUGCGGCGUUCUUCACUGCCGCCGCCGCGUCUGCCUCGAUCUUCCCGCCAUUCCUCGCACGCGACGGCAGUGCUUCAACCGCGUCUGCCGGCCAAUUCGCCAAGAAGCAGAAAGGGAAGGUUAUCGACAAAUAUGUGGCCAAGUUGCAUCCUCCAUGGUCGGGUGGAAAAGCGAUCGGCGACAAAGGUGCAUCCGGGAAGAUGAUUCUUAAGGCGGUGAUGUACUCUGUGCAAGCUUUUCUCCCUUCCUCUGCUGCUAGUAGUACUACCAUGGAGCGCGCGCCACCUCUUCUCGUCCUCCUCCUCUGUUUGGCGUUCUUCACUGCCGCCGCCGCGUCUGCCUCAAAUUUCCCGCCACUCCUCGCACGCGACGGCAGUGCUUCAGCCGCGUCUGCCGCCCAAGACGCCAAGCCCUUGGCGAAGAAAGGGAAGGUUAUCGACAAAUACGUGGUUAAGUUGCGUCCUCCUAAGGAGAAUGGAAAAGUGAUCGGCGACAAGGGUGCAUCCGGGAAAUGUGCUACUAAGUCGGUGAUGUACUCCUCAACUUCAUACGCUUACGUCUUAAUUUGCAAGGUAUUCAAGAUUGCCUCUGGCGGAAAAAAACCUGCCUCAGCUAACAUGCGAACCUGCACUAACAACGGCGGGGUUCAAGAACUGGUGCUUGUCAUCUAG